AUGGGUCUGAAGGGUUCUAAGCCCAAGUUAUCCAAAGAGGACCUUGAAUUCCUUAAAAAAAAUACUAAUUUUACAGAGGAACAAAUUAAAGAAUGGUACAAAGGUUUUGUGCAAGAUUGUCCAAAAGGCCAUCUAACAAAGGAACAAUUUAUCAAAGUUUAUAAAGAUUUCUUUCCAUCUGGUAGUGCUGAAGGUUUUUGUGAACAUGUCUUUAGAACAUUUGAUACCGAUAAUAGUGGUUUUAUAGACUUUAAAGAAUUCCUCCUUGCAAUUAAUGUUACUAGUAGUGGAACACCGGAACAAAAAUUAGAAUGGGCCUUCAGGAUGUAUGACAUAGAUGGUAAUGGUACAAUUGAUGAAAAAGAGAUGAUAAAAAUUAUUGAAGCUAUAUAUGAGAUGCUUGGACCAGAGGUAACCAAAUCAGCUGAUGAUUCACCUAGAAAACGUGCCAAGAUGAUCUUUGAAAAGAUGGAUGUAAAUAAUGAUAAGGAAUUGACUCUUAAAGAAUUUGUUGACGGUUGCCUUGCUGAUAAAGAACUUUUCCAAAUUUUGACAAACGAAGUAAAGAAAAAUUAA